ACACUCGUAUCGUUCUAUCGCAAUUAACAAGGAAAUCACAAUCGGAUUAGGCGAAGGAAAAGAUAUUUCAUUAGUAAAUAUCCUUAUUAAAUAAUUGUGUUAAUAUAUUAAAUUUAGUAGACAAUCGGUUUUAAAAGAGAAUUGUAUUUAGUAAAUAUUCCCUUGUACAUACAUACGUAGCAACCGAGUCAUCAGCGUGAAAAGUAAAAGCAUUUUGUGCAAAGGGGCGGACAGCAGCGGUGACAACGAAAAGUGCAAGACAGAAAAUUUAUUGAAAAUUCUCGAAAACCGUAAAACAGUUUUUCAUUUUGCUAUUGCUAUAUUGCUUCAAUCCCUCCAUCAACUAACUAACUUAUUAAUUAGUUCGAACAAAGAAAAUGAUGGUUGAAUCCGACGGAACUGCUGAUGCCACUCGUCGUCUUAACGUCAAGAAGCAAACGCUCGAUGAUGCGUAUGCGGUGCCAGCCAAUUUUUUGGAAAUCGACGUGGUCAAUCCCUUGACAACUAUGGCGGCAGGCAAAAAACGUUAUACAGACUACGAAGUACGAAUGCGGACAAAUUUGCCAGUAUUCAAAGUGAAGGAGUCUAGUGUACGCAGACGUUACAGUGAUUUCGAAUGGUUAAGAAAUGAACUGGAACGCGAUAGCAAGAUCGUGGUUCCACCUUUACCAGGUAAGGCAUGGAAACGACAAAUGCCUUUUCGUGGUGACGAAGGCAUAUUUGAUGAAAACUUCAUCGAAGAGCGACGCAAAGGAUUAGAAGCGUUCAUAAAUAAAAUCGCUGGCCAUCCAUUGGCGCAGAAUGAGCGGUGCUUACACAUGUUCUUGCAAGAAAAUGUGAUCGAUAAAAACUACGUGCCCGGCAAAAUUCGCAAUACAUAAGAAGCGAUAGAAUAAGAUCCAAAAUGUAAAUGGGGAACGUGUGCCGAAAAAAAGUGGUUGUUACUGUUACUCGAGUUCACACGUGCUGGGGAAUCAAACUGAAUGAGAAAAAAUAUACAAAAUACGAAUAUAAAUUGGAGGAUUUAACUGCUCAGAAGGGUUUAUUUUUUCAAAUUUCGUGUUUAUACAAUAUUUAAAAUAGAUUUAAUGUAUGAAUUGUACUUUAUAGACAUUCUACUAUAUGGAUAUACAUACAUACAUACAUAUAUAUUUUCAAAUUCCCGAACUAUUUUCUCAUUGAAUAUUGUGCCGAUAAAUUAUUAAAAUAACAAAAAGAAUUAAAUAUUACUCAAGGCUUAUAAAGAUUGAAUUAUGAUGAAAAUUGGAAGACGUUAAAAAGAAUUGUUUAGUAGGGUAAGGAAUCGACAAAAUAUUACGUAUUAUUAUUCGUGCAUAAAUAUCUAAUGCGACAUGUAUUGGAAAACCGUAAUUAUUUUUUGGUAUUCGAAUAUUCCGUGUUUUGAAAAAACUUAGUUGUAUGUCUUAAGUUACAGAACGUUUGGAAAAGCAAAUGAGUAAAUAAAUUUGAUAAUUGUACUUUUCUUCUAAAUACUUA